CUCUGCGCCCGGGGGGCAGGGCUCCGCCGCGAGAGUGGCAGCUGGACUUGCGAUGCUGCGAGGGACAGGGUGCAGAGCCGCAGUGCCGUAGUGGGCAGCAGAGGCAGUCUGCCCUGCUAGCAGUCGAACCCCUAAACAGAGGUGAAAGACCCCGGUGCCGCCAACCAUGGAAGCCGCCUGAUGUCCCCGCCCCAGAGAGGCUGCACUGAGAGGACGCCCGGGCGCACGCUUCGGUCCCCUUGUGUCUCUCGGUUCCUCUUUCCUCCCAAGUAAGGGAAUAAGCAGCUAGGACGGAGCGCCCCCGGGAAGCGCGCACCCAAGUGUUGCAUGGUGAGGAAUUGCCAGGAUUUCGGGAUUGGCCUGGACCACAGCAUGACGAUGUUGCUCAAGGAGUAGCAGAAGUCUUUGUCAGCUGCCGAGAGCGACCCAGCACUGUCAUCAUCAACACUUGAGUGCCCAGAAGUCUUCAGAAGGCCUGGUCCACCGUCUAUCUGCAAUGAGCCAGAAGCUGAGCUGGGCCUUGGCUUCUCCCUGGUGAACAGAACUCCACCCCUGGCCUCGGGCAAUCACGCUCAGCUGAAAGAUGAGUGAAGGACGAUGGGUCUCUCUCUCCUCAGAAGAAUUUGACCAACUCCAGAAAUACGCUGAAUAUUCCUCCAAGAAAAUAAAAGAUGUGCUGACUGAAUUUAAUGAAGGUGGAAGCCUCAAGCAAUGUGACACACACAAGCCCAUUAGCUAUGAUGUCUUCAAGCUGUUCAUGAGGGCAUACCUGGAGGUGGACCUUCCUCUGCCACUGAGCACACACCUCUUCCUGGCCUUCAGCCAGAAGCCCAGACAGGAGACACCUGACCACCCAAAGGAGGGGGCCAGCAGUAGUGAGCCCAAUGUCUCAGAUUGUAAUGCGGAUAAUGCUUCCAAAGCAGACGAGGCCUGCGCUCCCGACACUGAGUCAAAGACGGCCAAGACACAAGCACCUCCUAAAGACCUAGAGACCGUGGCCCCAUGGGAGGAUCCUGAUGCUCUGUCUUCAAGCCCAGAUGCUCCCGUGGUGUACCUGAAGGAUGUCGUGUGUUACUUGUCCCUGCUGGAGACGGGGAGACCUCAGGAUAAGCUAGAAUUUAUGUUUCGUCUCUACGACUCUGAUGAAAACGGACUCCUAGACCAAGCGGAGAUGGAUCAGAUUGUGAACCAAAUGUUACAUAUCGCGCAGUACCUGGAGUGGGAUCCCACGGAGCUCAGGCCUAUCCUGAAGGAGAUGUUGCAAGGAAUGGACUACGACAAGGAUGGCUUUGUGUCUCUACAGGAGUGGGUCCAUGGCGGGAUGACCACCAUCCCAUUGCUGGUCCUCCUGGGAAUGGACGACUCUGGCUCCAUGGGGGACGGAAGGCAUGCCUGGACCCUAAAACAUUUCAAGAAGCCCACGUACUGCAACUUCUGCCACAUCAUGUUGAUGGGUGUCCGGAAGCAAGGCCUGAGCUGCAUUUACUGUAAAUACACUGUCCACCAACGCUGCGUGUCCAAAAACAUUCCUGGAUGUGUGAAAACAUACUCAAAAGCCAAAAGGAGUGGCGAGGUGAUGCAGCACGCGUGGGUGGAAGGGAACUCCUCCGUCAAGUGUGACCGGUGCCACAAAAGUAUCAAGUGCUACCAGAGUGUCACCGCGCGGCACUGCGUGUGGUGCCGGAUGACGUUUCACCGCAGAUGUGAAUUUUCGGCGGUGUGUGAUGGUGGGGAGCUCAAAGACCACAUUCUGCUGCCUACCGCCAUAUACCCCAUCACCCAAGACAGGCAAGGAGGGAAGUCCGAAGGCAGCAUGGCCUCCAAGGGUGAACUUGUAACACAGUAUAAGAUCAUCCCUAGUCCAGGAACUCACCCCCUGCUAGUCUUGGUGAACCCCAAAAGUGGAGGAAGACAAGGAGAAAGAAUUCUCCGGAAAUUCCACUACCUGCUCAACCCCAAACAAGUUUUCAACCUGGACAAUGGCGGACCCACUCCAGGAUUGAAUUUUUUCCAUGACACCCCCGACUUCCGUGUUCUUGCCUGUGGCGGAGAUGGGACAGUUGGAUGGAUUUUGGAUUGCAUUGAUAAGGCCAACUUCACAAAGCAUCCACCAGUGGCUGUCCUGCCUCUCGGAACGGGGAAUGACCUUGCACGAUGUCUCCGCUGGGGAGGAGGUUACGAAGGGGGCAGCUUGACGAAAAUCCUGAAGGAGAUUGAACAGAGCCCCUUGGUGAUGCUGGACCGCUGGUAUCUAGAAGUCACACCCAGAGAAGAGGUGGAGAAUGGAGACCAGGUCCCAUACAACAUCAUGAACAACUACUUCUCCAUUGGUGUGGAUGCUUCCAUUGCCCAUAGAUUCCACAUGAUGAGAGAGAAACACCCUGAAAAAUUCAACAGCAGGAUGAAGAACAAGCUGUGGUAUUUUGAAUUUGGCACCUCCGAGACCUUUGCAGCCACCUGCAAGAAGCUUCAUGACCACAUAGAGCUGGAGUGUGAUGGAGUUAAGGUGGACCUGAGCAAUAUCUUCCUGGAAGGCAUUGCCAUUCUGAACAUUCCCAGCAUGUACGGAGGCACCAAUCUCUGGGGAGAAACCAAGAAGAACCGGGCUGUGAUCCGGGAAAGCAGGAGGAGCGUCAUAGACCCAAAGGAGCUGAAAUGCUGUGUCCAAGACCUCAGCGACCAGCUCCUUGAAGUUGUGGGUCUAGAGGGAGCCAUGGAAAUGGGACAGAUCUAUACUGGCCUGAAGAGUGCGGGCAGGAGGCUGGCCCAGUGCUCCUCUGUCAUCAUUAGGACUAACAAGCUUCUGCCGAUGCAAGUAGAUGGAGAGCCCUGGAUGCAGCCACGUUGCACAAUUAAAAUCAGUCACAAAAACCAGGCACCUAUGAUGUUGGGGCCUCCCCAGAAGAGCAGCUUCUUUUCAUUGCGGAGGAAAAGCCGUUCAAAAGACUAAAGAGUGCACCAAACAAACACCAGCUCUACCAAUAAAAAUCUACACACAUGCACACGCACACACACACCACACAGACACACAUGCGCGUACACACAAACACACACACCAUGCACACACACACACCACACAGACACAUACACACCAUACAGUCACACACACACAGACACUCACACCACACAGACACACACACACACACAUCUGUAGCCAGAGGAAGUCAAGACACCCUCCCAGAGGAAAGUGUCGUCCUGCCGUACAGUCUACCUAUUUUGAAAAUGGUUUCACUCUUAACAGAAAUAAUACCCGUGAAAUAUUUUGAACGGACGCAGGGCCCACCAGGAUGGGUUUGCUCCCAUAGCCACUUCCACAUUCCCACAGGCCUGGGGUAGACUUUGAGCCUGAAGGAGAAAUCCCCUUUUUUUUUUCCUUCACCAACUCCUGUAAGGUUCCAGGCUGUACGUUCCCUGCCUACAUGAGAUCGGAUGUGGUCAGGAGAAAGCGCUCCAACCCAGAAAUUUUGCACAAAAGUCCUCUGUACAGAAACAAAACAGCCUCCAGCUCUCCAAGCAAAACCCUUGGCAGAGCUCAGCAAGCACACGAUGGCUUCUUCCUUGUCCUUCAAGCAACAGCUCCUCCCCUCCUCACUCGCUGAGGAAAAGCCAAGAAGCCCAGGAAAGAGGUUUCCAUUCUCAGUUCUCUCUGCUGCCCAUCGGUACUUGUUCGCUUCCUGAAGCAUCUCUUGGCGGCUGUUUGCUCAGAGAACAAACAUGGCUGCCUGGGCAGGCUACUUCAGAUUUGGUGUUUAUUUUCCUAAUGUCUGUGAACACCUGGGAGAGAAAACUGAGAAAGUGGAC